AAUCCCAAUGGCGACUGCAUCAUUGCCCACACACAAAAAGAUGCAAAAGACGGGCCACAGUUCCCGUGCACUACCCGGCCGGCUAAGGCCAAGAAGACCCCAAGAGCUAGGGCCGCCGAAUCGCCUGGUCGGGCCAAGACACUAUAAAAAUCUGCCUCCAGCACCUGGGAUCCUUGUCUGAAGCAAGCAAGCAAGCUAGCUAGCUAGCUAGCUGCACAUACCGGCCGGGGCCAUGGGGGUGAUGGGGUCGUCGUGCCUCGGCGGCGGCCUGCCGGUGGCCGUCAUGCUCUGCCUCAACGUGGUGGCGGCGGUCAUGGUGUCGCUCGUCAAGGUGGCCAUGGACGGCGGCAUGAACCCGCUUGUGAUCGUCACGCUGCAGCAGCUCACGGCCUCCGUCUUCCUCGCACCAAUAGCGUUCUUCAAAGAGAGGAAGUCGAGGCCAAAGCUGACGCUGGAGAUCUUCGCCUACAUCUUCGUCAGUGCGGCGCUCGGGGCAGCUCUGCGGCAGUACAUGAUCUUCGUCGCCCUGCGCUACACCACCGCCACCUUCGUCACCGCCUUCUCCAACAUCGCCCCCGUCCUCACCUUCCUCCUCGCCGUCGCAACGCGCUCAGAAGCACUGAACCUCAAGUCCAAGACGGGCAUGGCGAAGCUCCUGGGCACGCUGGUCUCCCUGGGCGGCGCCAUGGUGCUCACCCUCUACAAGGGCGUCGCCCUCACCCACGCGGCUUCGCAGCAGCACCUCCAUUCUCACCGGCCGCACGCGGACGCCGUGAGCCGCGGCAAGUGGACGCUGGGCACGGUGGCCAUCCUGGGCAACUGCGUCUGCCUCUCCUGCUGGUUCCUGCUCCACGGCCGCCUCGCCAGGAAGUACCCGCACGUCUACUCGUGCAACGCGCUCAUGUCCAUGCUCAGCUUCCUCCAGGUCGCCGUCGUCGGCCUCUGCACCCAGCGGAGCAUCUCGCCGUGGCUCGUCAAGAGCAAGUUCCAGAUCCUCACCGUCCUAUACGCUGGCAUCGUCGGGUGCGGCGUGUCGUUCGUGCUGGUGACAUGGUGCAUCGAGAAGAGGGGGGCCGUGUUCGUGGCCGCCUUCAUCCCCGUCGUGCAGAUCAUCGUCUCCGUCAUCGACUUCUCCAUCCUGCACGAGCAGCUCUACCUCGGAAGCGUGCUGGGAUCAGUUCUUGUGAUCGGCGGCCUGUACCUUCUGCUGUGGGGCAAGAGGCAGGAGGCCCUCCACUGCCCUCCAAAGGUUGCCGAAGACGCUGACAAGGAGCAGCAGCCGGUGCACACCUGAAGCUAAGACACCAUCCCCUGCUGACUGUUGGGUUGUAACAGUUCCAGCAAUAAGAUCUCCUUUCUCUCUUUCGGUGUGUCAGGGCAGGAGGGGCCAUGAUGCUCUUCUCAGAUCAGUCUGGUGGCAGCAGAGUGUUUAGAUUCUAAUCCAAACAGUAGGAUGAUAUCUUAAAAUCCUUCUGAUAGCAACAUCAUAGACGGACUCACUAUCAGCCAUUUUGUAGUCCUCUUGAGAAAUACUACAGAGUACUGGAGGGUAGAUUUUUCUGCACAUAUAGGCACCUUUUCUUAUAAUUAAUUAAUUAAUUAAUACUA